AUGCACGCUUCGGGCGUCGGAGUGGCUGACACCGAGGUUGCAGACAAGCAGCACGGUGCAGCGGAGAGGAUGGAGAGAACGCCCGCGGCAGAGCUGCAGCCUGGGACCGACGACCAUCAUCGGGGACCGGCUUCAGCAACAUACGGAGUGCUCGAUAAAUUGUUUGGAAAGAGGCUUCUGCAGGCCAGACACUACAUAUUGUCUCGGAAGUCCUGGCUCAAGAUGGUUCCAACAGAAAACUGUGACAUCCUGAUGACAUUUCCAGAUUCAAUAGAUGAUCACACUUUGCUGUGGCUUCUGAAUCAGAUCCGAGUUGGCAUCCCUCAAGUCAGUAUUCAAGUUCGGCAGCAUAAACAUACCCAAGCGUAUGCCUUCUUCAUCACAACAACAUUUGAGAAUUUACUGCGGGGAGCGGAACAGAUGAGCAUGCACAAGGCUGUCAAGCCGCAAUUUGGUGGCGGGAUGCGACGCUUCUGCUGUGAAGAGGACAACAUCUAUAAGAACAUAGAGAGCGAGCUCUGCUUUUUUACAUCGCAGGAGCGUCAGAGUAUCAUCAAGUAUUGGCUCGACAAUCUGCGAGCCAAACAAGGGGAAGUUCUUCACAAUAUUCACUUUCUGGAGGGACAACCAAUCAUACCUGAGCUGGUGGCCCGCGGUGUGAUCCAUCAGAUGUUUCCUCUCCACGAGCAAAGGAUCCUUAAUCAGCUAAUGACAUCUUGGGUUCAGGCUGUUUGUGAAAGGCAGCCACUGGAUGACAUCUGCGACUACUUCGGAGUGAAGAUCGGCAUGUACUUUGCCUGGCUUGGUUUCUAUACCAACUCCAUGCUUUACCCUGCAGUAAUUGGUUUUCUCCUAUGGAUACUUGCAGAGGCAGAUCAGACAAGUCAGGAUAUUUGCUGUGUGGUGUUUGCACUCUUCAAUGUUGUGUGGGCAACUUUGUUUCUGGAGCGCUGGAAGAGGCGAGAAGCCGAGCUGGCUUACAGGUGGGGCACCCUUGACACUCCUGCGGAGUCCUUAGAGGAGCCCAGACCACAGUUCAGGGGUGUUAAACGCUGCAGUCCCAUAACAGGCUGUGAAGAGUUCUACUAUCCCCCGUGGAAGAGGGCUAUGUUUCAAUGGCUGGUCAGCCUUCCCAUAUGCCUGCUUUGUCUCUUUUUUGUCUUCCUCAUCAUGCUCCUCUGUUUGGAACUGCAGGAAGUGGUAAUGGAGAUUCAGGAGCUACCUAGCAUCACAAGAUUUAUUCCCAAAAUCCUGCUUGCUAUUACUGUAACAAUAUGUGAUGAAGUUUAUAAGAAGAUUGCCUAUUGGCUCAAUGACAUGGAGAACUAUAGACUUCAGAGUGCCUACGACAAUAAUCUCAUCAUCAAGAUGGUUUUCUUUGAAUUCAUCAAUUCUUACCUAAGUCUUUUCUAUAUUGGAUUCUACCUCAAGGAUAUGGAGCGACUAAAGGAGAUGCUUGCAACACUGCUGAUUUUCCGUCAGUUCCUCCAGAACAUAAAGGAGGUCCUCCAGCCGUACCUCUACGAACAAAACAAGCUGGGUGUAUUUACGCCCAAGGUGCUGUGGGAGCUACUACAAGCCAUUGUGCUCAAGUAUGGCCGCCUGGCUCUUGGAAAGGCCCAAGCGUCAAUGAUUGCCUACUCUUUCCUGGGGCACAGAGGACACCCAGCCAGCGACAGCACGGACACUGACUCACUGCCAAGGACCAGGGGGGAUUUAAAAGCUGGAUUCAGGCUGUCAGAAGAAGAGUGGGAUAUGAAUGACCCCUGUGCUCUCAAGCAGCGAAAAGUCAGCUUCACAGAGAAGGUUGACUACCAGGAUGUCGCGGUGGAAGCACAGACAGCAGAUGACAACUUCCCUGAGGACAGCCCCACUCUGGUAGAGGGUGGAAUGGAUCCAUCCAGUAUCUUUGACAGUUGCGAUGAGGAUAGUGACCUUGAAUUGUCCGCUCAGGAGGCCAAAGAGAAUACCACUGGGUUGUCUUCAAGAGAAUCUAACAGCCUCCGUUACAGAAGAAAAACAGUGGACAAGGGCAAAGAAGACAAGAAGUCCUGGAUUGAUCCACCAGAAGAACCCCAAACUGUCACACUAGCGCAGGCUGAGAUUGAAAGCUGCAUGCAGACUUAUGAGGAUACGCUUCAGGACUACCAGGAGAUGUUCAUUCAGUUUGGCUACGUCGUUCUCUUCUCCUCUGCGUUCCCCCUGGCAGCCAUGUGUGCGCUUAUCAACAAUAUUAUCGAGAUCCGUAGCGAUGCCCUCAAGCUCUGUACGGGCCUGCAGAGGCCCUUUGGCCAAAGGGUGGAGAACAUUGGACAGUGGCAGACUGCAAUGGAGGCCAUGGGCUUGAUAGCCAUUAUUGUUAACUGUUACUUGAUUGGUCAAUGUGGUCAGCUGCAACGACUUUUUCCAUGGUUGAGUCCUGAGAUGACUGUCGUCUCCAUUGUUUUGCUGGAGCACUUUGCCAUCCUCCUAAAGUACGUCAUCCAUGUUGCCAUCCCUGACAUCCCCGCUUGGGUAGCAGAGGAGAUGGCCAAGCUAGAAUAUCGACGAAGGGAAGCUUUCAAGAGGCAUGAGCUACAGGCACAACAGCAUUUCCAGCAGCAGCUCAGGCGUCGCCGCGAGGAGGAGGAACUUCAACGUCAAGCCGAGGCUCGUCAGGAAAGCGAGUGCCACAAAUCGGACACCCAUCACCAGCAUCACCACGAGAAAACGUCAGGUGGCAAGCCCAAAAGACCCAGCUCCCUGCUCGGGAACAACAACGUGAUGAAGCUCAAGCAGAUCAUCCCGCUUCAGGGUAAGUUCUCCUCAGGCAGCUCCCGCUCUCCAGCUCAGUCACCCACCGGGGGUGAGGCCAAGCUGCCAGGGUUCCUUAAGUUUUUGAAGUCCACAGAGGUGAAAAAAGAGCCGGCAACAGCCGCCGGCUCACCCGGAUUGACUGGGAACUCUUCGGCCACCUCAAGUGGCCAGGAGCGAAAUCAGUCUCCCAACAGGACUUUCAGUCCGGGUAAGUUGUUCAGUUUUAGCAAGUCAGAAGGAACUGUAGUGUGUGCUAAUGGGACACAAUCACCUAGCCAGCCGGACAGGGCUGAACUCAACUCGACUCAUGAGGAAUUACCGUCAAAUGAGUCUGAUAAAGGAGAAGCUGACUUAGAAAGCUCAGGCUCAAAGAAUUAA